UCUCUCUCAUACAUAUGUCAGUUCCGUUCCGAGCCCGAUAGUGAGUAUGAUUUUGUUGUGAUUGGUGGCGGUACUGCUGGUUCGGCUGCUGCUGCGCGUCUCUCCGAAGUAGCGCAUUGGAAAGUUUUGCUCGUCGAAGCGGGUAAGUUUUUGCUAAAGUAUGGCACAAGUCUCAAUUCCUUUUUUUGUCCGAAUAAGUGCGUUUUUCAAGAACAUAAUCUGCGGUUUGAAAAUGAACUAUUCCUUUCAAAAAUACUUUUACAAAAGUUAUUUGCUUCCAUUACAGGUGAUGAUGAACCAGUUGGCUCACAAGUACCAGCAAUUUCGUUAAAUUACCUUGGCAGUGACAUCGACUACCACUAUAAAACUCAACCGGAGAAAUCAGCGUGCCUGGGAAAUGCCAAUCAGGCUUGCUCUUGGCCGCGUGGCAAAGUAUUGGGUGGCACAUCGGUGGUGAAUGGUAUGAUGUACAAUCGCGGCAAUCGUGAGGACUAUGACUAUUGGGCAUCCUUGGGUAAUACCGGUUGGUCGUACGACGAAAUAUUGCCAUACUAUAAGAAAUCCGAAAAUAAUUUGCAAAUUACUGAGGUUGAUAGCGAUUUGCAUGGCAUACGUUUUAGUGCUGCACGCGCAUUCUUGCGUCCCGCACGCUACCGUGAGAAUCUUCAUAUUCUACUUAACACCACUGCUUCCAGAGUGCUCUUCCAAACGAACAGUACAAUCGUUAAUGGUGUUGAAUUGAUCGAUAGGAAUAACAAUACUCUCACAGUUUCUGUAAGGAAAGAGGUGGUCGUUAGCGCAGGCGCCUUGGACUCACCAAAAGUACUAUUGCUUAGCGGUAUUGGACCAGAAGAUGAAGUCAACGUAACUGUCGUACACGAUUUGCCCGGUGUUGGCAAAAAUCUACACAACCAUGUCGCUCACUUUAUGACCUUCUACGUUAAUGACACAAACACAAACGCUCUAAAUUGGGCAACCGCCACAGAAUAUCUUCUCUAUCGCAAUGGUGUACUGUCCGGCACUGGUAUUGGUGAUAUGACCGGCAAAAUUAGCACCAAAUAUGCCGAUUCAUCAAGAGGACCCGAUGUGCAACUCUUCUUCAGUGGCUACUCGGCUAGUUGCUCCGCUACCGGUGUUGUUGGUGAGCUGCUAUCGAAUAGCUCGCGCUCUGUGAAUAUUUUCCCCGCCGUGUUGCAUCCAAAAUCACGUGGUUCCGUUACACUCGCUUCCAACGAUCCUCUUGAUGCUCCACUCUUUGUCGGAAACUAUUUAACCGAGGAUCAUGAUGUCAAAACGCUUGUUGAAGCCAUCAAGUUCGUCAUACGUUUGUCGGAAACGCCAGCGCUGCAAAAGUUCAACUUCACGCUGAAUAAGACCCCAGUAACACAAUGUGCAUCGAUCGACUUCGGCACCGAUGAGUACUGGGAGUGCGCUGUACGUUAUCGCACCGGUGCCGAGAACCAUCAAGCGGGCUCCUGUAAAAUGGGUCCAGCAAACGAUACCUUGGCUGUGGUGGACAAUGAGUUGCGCGUGUAUGGCGUGCAGGGUCUUCGUGUUAUGGACACAUCCAUUAUGCCAGUCGUAAUUUCGGGCAAUACUUUUGCGCCUGCUGUAAUGAUCGCCGAAAAGGGUAUCGAUCACAUAAAGCGUGCAUGGGGCAUCGAAAGUGGUGCCACUAAGAGGCGCCACUCACGUUCAGUAUUGUCAGAAUUUUUACAACAAUCCAGCUAAUUGGACAAAAAAAAAGAGCUAAAAACAGC